AUGGCCAACGACGAAUACGAUUUUCUCUUCAAAGUGGUGUUGAUCGGAGAUUCCGGUGUCGGUAAAUCCAACCUGUUGAGUCGAUUCACCCGCAACGAGUUCAACUUGGACUCCAAGUCAACGAUCGGUGUGGAGUUCGCGACUCGCUCGAUUCAGGUGGACUCGAAGACCAUCAAGGCACAGAUCUGGGAUACUGCCGGUCAGGAGCGCUACCGUGCCAUCACCUCUGCCUACUACCGCGGCGCUGUUGGUGCCCUUCUCGUCUACGAUAUCAGCAAGCACCAGACCUACGACAAUGUCACUCGGUGGUUGAAGGAGCUCCGCGACCACGCCGACUCUAAUAUCGUGAUUAUGCUCGUUGGUAACAAGAGCGAUUUGAGGCACCUGCGUGCGGUCCCCACCGAGGAGGCCAAGCAAUUUGCUAGCGAGAACAACCUCUCUUUCAUCGAAACCUCCGCCCUUGACGCCAGCAACGUUGAGCUCGCCUUCCAGAACAUCCUCACAGAAAUCUACCGUAUUGUGUCUAGCAAGGCCCUCGACUCCGGUGAGGGCUCCUCGGCCGGGCUCCCUGGUGGCCGCCCCGUCAUCGAGGUCACUCAGCAGGAUCAAGAGCAGAAGCAGGGCUGCUGCUAA